AUGCGGGAGGCAGACGCAUAUGCACUUUCCCUUUUCUUCAGUCUCAAGUUCGCGGCUCUGUGCCUGUCGAACCUCCCAGGCUCGUCCGUCACCUCCGAGGUCCGCGAGGCUGUGCUUGAGGCGGGCGUAUGGGCCAUCGACGCCGCUCGCUCACUUCUUUGUAACAGGAUUUCUAAAAGAUCCUGGGCAGACCAAAUGACAGAUGCUGCACUUCUUCAUUUUACCUAUCAUCUACCGGCUUGGAGGUGCAGCGGAGAACAAGGGGAUUAUGCGAGGACUAUUGGAAGUUGCAUGUCUGUUGGUUGCCAGCCUCACAACGGCGAUCCUGGCGAACUACCAUCUGCGCUACCUGCUGCUAACCUUCGCAGUACGCUGGUUGAGCCUUUCAAUGAGCGACAAAACCAGUCUUCGACAAUUUUCCAAUGUUUUCCACCUUCACAUAUGAGACUGGAAGUGCUGGUGUCGAUGCUGGCCCUGUGGCAUUAG